GUUGUGAUAAACUUAUUAAAUAGAUUAUAAUGUGAUUUGAAACUCAAACAUGACGCAUGUCACAUUAACUCCUGUGAACUCGGCUGCUUCAGUCGCCAGAGACGCCGAAGUGGGACGAACCAAUCAGAAUGGCGGAAAAGACGAGUACCCCCUGGCUCCGACCAAUCACAGCACUCCAAGUGACAGUCUCAGUGGAGCAGUUGCGGUGGACGAAGGAAGCAACAGCAGUGGAAUUGAGGAGAAACUGGUUUUCUCCGGCACCGAUCCCGACACAAUUGAGCUGGCCAAGUCUUUUUGGAAGUCAGUCACUCUGCAGCCGCCACUGGAAUCGAACUUGAUUGCCACUCAAAUUGGACAGAGGCUUCCGAAAGCACCGAGUGUGACAUCAAACAAAACCAAAAUCAAAGCAGAUCAAAAAGGCUCAAAGGCGGACCCCGCCCUGGAUAAGUUUUUCUCGAGGACCAGCGCGAGAAAUCAGGCAGAUAGAACAGAGUAUAUCAAACGACUGGCAUACCAUAGGAUGCAAAUGCUGCAGUUGCUGGAGAAAAGAAAGAAAGAACGACUUCAGAAAGAACUUUUGUCGGAGGAUUUCAAGCCAGUGAAAUCAAACGAGAUCGAAGAGUUCUCCUCUUCAGUUGGAACUGGUGAAGAUGUACCCUUGUACACUGAAGAAGAGUUAGAACGAGAGCUGGAGAUGUUGAAGACAUUUGAGACUACCAUUCUGAGAGAAAUACAGACCCCUAUGUCCCAAAAGUCAACACCGGAAGAAAACUCACAUAGACUGUAAUAAAAUAAUCUGAUACACUUGUUCAUAUCUACUUUUUGUAAAUACGUG